AUGAUGCCAGAUCUAUUCAACGGCGAUGUAGUCCCAAUCAAUAGACCAGAGGGCUUCAGCAUCAUGGACUGGGUGAAGGACCAUCUACCCCUUCAAACGGAACCAAUAAUCGACACCGUCCUCAAAGCGAUGCGGGAGAAUCUCGGCUGUGAGAGAAUUGGUGGUGUGGGCUAUUGCUUUGGCGGCAAGUAUGUCUGCCGGUACUUGAAGCCCGGCAAGAUUGAUGUUGGGUUCACGGCACAUCCAACUAUGGUUGAGGCCCAGGAGUUGCAAGGUAUUGAGGGGCCUUUAAGUAUUGCUGCUGCUGUUCGAGACAACGUUUUUACGUCUGCUAAAAGACAUGAAAGUGAGGAGAUUUUGGAUAAGUUGGAUAUCCCUUAUCAGAUCAAUCUGUUCUCGGAUGUAGAGCAUGGCUUUGCUGUCCGCUGUGAUUUGUCUAAGCCGAGGCAAAAGUUUGCUAAGGAGCAGGUCUUUGCUCAGGCUGUUGCCUGGUUUGAUCAGUAUCUUAUUGUGUGA